AUUCAGCAAUUCCCAAUUCUGACCCUUGAUUGCCAAAGCAAAAACCCAAAAACCUUUGUCCUCAAAAGAGAAUCUUCAAUCGUGGAAUCUCCGGACUCAGUCGCCACUCGCUAGGGUUUUAAAAUCAGCUUCAUUCGCACACAGACACACACACACACACUCUAAGUAAUCCCAAUUACAUUUUUCAUUAUUUGGGAAGAACAUCAAAAAAAAAAAAAAAAAAAAAUUGCAGAGCAAACAAGAUGGCGAGUCCCGCGGAUUUGUUUCUGAAGAUUGGCUUGGAUGAGAAUACUGCAAAAAACACCGUCGCUAAUAACAAGGUCACCGCUAAUCUCACCGCCGUCAUUCACGAGGCAGGUGUUGCUGAUGGGUGCGAUCGGACAGUUGGAAAUCUACUGUACACAGUUGCAACGAAAUUUCCCGCAAAUGCUCUUGUACAUCGACCUACACUGCUUAAAUAUAUUAUUUCAUCGAAGAUUAAAACUCCUGCUCAGUUGGAAGCUGCCUUUUCGUUUCUUUCCACAACUGCUUCUGACAAGUUGAACGUCGAUGAUUUUGAAGCUGCUUGUGGAAUUGGAGUUGAGAUCUCUCUGGAAGAUAUUAAAAAGGUUGUUAAUGAAAUUUUUGAAGAGAGUAAAGCUGUUAUUUUGGAGCAGCGGUACAGAAUGAAUGUUGGCGAAAUAUUUGGUCAGAUCAGAAAGAAACAGCCAUGGGCUGAUCCAAAGAUUGUCAAGCAAACUGUGGACGCUGAAUUAUAUUCUCUACUUGGUGAAAGAACAGCUGCAGACAACGAAAAGCCCACAAAAAAGAAAAAAGAGAAGCCUAAACCUGAGGAUAAAGCUAUCGUUGAAGAGGCAGCUCCAGUACCUGAAGAAGAAAUCAAUCCAUUUUCAAUAUUUCCUUCACCAGAACAGAACUUGAAGGUACAUACAGAAAUAUAUUUCAGUGACCGGCCUGUGCUUAGGGCUUCCAAUUCAAGGGAACUACUCAAUAAACAUUUGAAGGUCACUGACGGAAAAGUUUUGACACGUUUUCCACCUGAACCCAAUGGUUACCUGCAUAUAGGUCACGCAAAGGCUAUGUUUGUGAACUUUGGCCUAGCAAAAGAGAGAGGUGGAUGCUGCUAUCUGAGGUACGACGAUACUAAUCCAGAAGCGGAAAAAAAGGAAUAUAUUGAUCACAUUGAAGAAAUUGUUGGAUGGAUGGGGUGGGCACCCUUUAAGAUCACCUACACCAGUGAUUAUUUCCAAGAGCUCUAUGACCUAGCAGUAGAACUGAUACGACGAGGUCACGCUUAUGUUGAUCACCAGACACCGGAUGAAAUAAAGGCAUACAGGGAAGAAAAGAAGAACAGUCCUUGGAGAGAUAGACCAAUCGAAGAAUCUUUAAAGCUGUUUGAUGACAUGAAGCGGGGACUGGUUGAGGAAGGAAAGGCAACAUUAAGAAUGAAACAGGAUAUGCAGAGUGACAACUUCAAUAUGUAUGACCUAAUCGCUUAUCGUAUUAAGUUCACACCUCAUCCACAUGCAGGCGACAAAUGGUGCAUCUAUCCAAGUUAUGAUUAUGCUCAUUGCAUUGUUGAUUCUCUUGAAAACAUAACUCACUCGCUGUGCACACUUGAGUUUGAGACACGCCGUGCAUCAUACUACUGGCUAUUAGAUGCGCUGGGCCUUUACCAGCCUUACGUAUGGGAAUAUUCUCGAUUGAAUGUCAGUAACACGAUGAUGUCUAAGCGUAAGUUAAAUAUGUUGGUAACAGAUAAUUGGGUUGAUGGUUGGGACGACCCUCGCCUCAUGACCCUCGCUGGAUUGCGGCGUAGAGGUGUAACUGCAACUGCCAUAAACACUUUUGUUCGAGGGAUUGGAAUUACUAGAAGUGACUGUAGUCUGAUACAUCUAAACCGCCUAGAGUACCAUAUAAGAGAGGAGCUGAACAAGACAUCACCCCGGACCAUGGUUGUGUUAAAUCCACUAAAGGUUGUAAUUACAAAUAUGGAUGCCUCUGUAAUGGACCCCGAUGCAAAGAAGUGGCCCGAUGCUCCCGCAGAUGACCCCCCUCCAUUUUAUAAGGGGGGCGUCCCCUUCUCUAAGGUUGUGUACAUCGAACAAUCUGAUUUUCGGAUGAAAGAUUCUAAAGAUUACUACGGACUUGCUCCUGGGAAAUCUGUCCUACUGAGGUAUGCAUUUCCUAUUAAGUGCACAGAAGUGAUAUUAGGCGAUGAUGAAGAGACUAUUCUCGAGAUUCACGCUGAGUAUGACCCAUCGAAGAAAAGCAAACCAAAGGGGGUUCUGCACUGGGUUUCAGAAUCUUCGCCAGGUGUCGAUCCACUCAAAGUGGAAGUCAGAUUGUUCGACAAAUUAUUCAUUUCUGAGAAUCCUUCUGAACUUGGUAAAGAUUAUCUUGGUGAUUUAAAUCCACACUCUAAAGUUGUCGUAAAAGAUGCUUAUGCUUCAUCCUGUCUUAAGAACGCCGCAACUGGAGACGCGUUUCAGUUCGAACGACUAGGCUACUUUGUGGUUGAUAAGGACUCUUCGCCUGAAAAGCUUGUGUUUAAUCGGACUGUUACAUUGCGAGAUAGCUAUGGAAAGGUAGGCAAGUGAAGAAGUGGGAUAAUUACAGAUAUUUUUUUUUUUUAUGUUUACAUACAAAACAUGCUAUGAUUGAAAGUCUAGUCUGCUAGUGAGAGAGAAUAAGACAAAUGUUUUCAGAUUCUUGACUUUAUAAUAUACUAUGAAGCAAAUGUUGUUCACCUAUGUGAAUGCUUUUCGUGGCAAAGAUUUAUCCUGAGUGGAAGUUAAAUUUUGUUGCUUGAUAAU